GCGGCGGCGCGUUCCGUUCCGGGCCGAGGCUCGCGGCGGAAAAGUUGCGGGGCUGGAGGAGCGGCCCCGGGACGGGCAGCGAGCGCGACGCCGAGCCGGCUGCCGGCGCCCGCGGUCCGGCCAUGGACGACCUCGGUUACCCUUUUCAUGUCCUGCCCAGAUUCUACCCAGAAAAGACUUAGGAGGAGAAGUUGGUGCUUUGCAUCCUACCCUGCUCUCCUUGGAUGAAGACAUUUUCCUGGAUUUUACAAAGCAAAUAAAAUUGUGAUGUUUUUAACUUCCAAUGUACUGUAGCCUCUGCUAUCCUUUAUAAACUUCACCCCAACACUAUGAGGUAGGGGUUAUUGACCACAGCUUACUGAGGAAACAGGCUCAGAGAAGCUAAGUGAUUUGCUGUGAGGUGUGGAUCGUAAAGGAUUGGGGACUUGAACUCAGGUCUGCCUCAACUGCAGAACUAGUGAUCUUGUGUCUCUGCGCACCAGGACUGUACCCUCUCACCCACAGUCGACCGACACAGGGAUCUAUCUUGAAAAGAGUCCACUGAAAUCAUAAAUCAGAAUCUAAUUCAUAAACCAAUAAACCAAGCUGAGAAUCACAUAACCAUUAGGGGCUGUGGGAGUUUGGCAGAGUCCCUGAUUCAGAAUGGUUGACAGGGAAGGGUAACCCUUUACCUGCUGUUGGGUGUUUGGAGCCCGAGAAACCUGAGUUCAGAGCCCAGCAUUGUCACUUCGGCCAGCUUUGGCAGUGUGGGGACAUGACUUCUGCCUCUGAACGUUGGUUUUACCAUCCAUACUAGAGUCAUUGUGAUGAGGAAGGCAGGUAGCACAGGAUAAGCUCCUGGCCCUGGUGAGUGUUCAGGAAGGGCAGCUGCUCUUGCUGUCCCUACCAGGGUGGCACUUGUUGCCUGCUCUGGGGAGCCCUGUGGGAUGUUGUAGCUUGCUCUGCCCAUGAUGGAGGAGGGACCUGCCCAUGCUGGGUUGAGUCCAGAGGAAAAGGUGAUAUUGCGUGAAGCCCGGGCAGCAGGUGUGGCCCUGGAGGGGCCACUGGGAUUGGCCUGGACACUGGUUCCUUUUCUGCUGUUACCUAGAUAUACCAACUCCCUCUAGUUCCGGUUUGCUUAGAGACAGGAAGCCAGACCUUCUUUGGAGGACCCGGAGGGGGAGGGGGGCUGCAGGAAGAGACCUUCCUCAGAAGUCAGGAGACCAGGACCUGGAGGAUCAGACUCUCCUCUAACCAUCUGGGCAGGAGCCUAGGAUGCCCUGCUGGCGGACCUGGAGUCCACCACCUCCCACAUCUCCAAACGGCCUGUGUUCUUGUCCGAGGAGACCCCCUACUCGUACCCAACUGGAAACCACACGUAUCAGGAGAUUGCUGUGCCACCCCCUGUCCCUCCACCCCCAUCCAGCGAGGCCCUCAAUGGCACGGUCCUUGACCCCUUAGACCAGUGGCAGCCCAGUGGCUCCCGAUUCAUCCACCAGCAGCCUCAGUCCCCGUCACCUGUGUACGGCUCCAGUGCCAAAACUUCCAGUGCCUCCAACCCUCAGGACGGCUCUCCGUGUUCCCGAUCGGGCGAGGAAGAGCACGUCUACAGCUUCCCCAACAAGCAGAAAUCGGCUGAGCCUUCGCCCACCGUAAUGAGCACUUCCCUGGGCAGCAACCUUUCCGAACUCGACCGCCUGCUGCUGGAGCUGAAUGCUGUGCAGCACAACCCGCCGGGCUUCCCUGCAGAUGAGGCCAACACAAGCCCUCCACUUCCCGGGGCCUUGAGCCCUCACUAUGGCGUCCCGGAGAAUAACAGCCCCGUGGCGGGGAAGGCUGGGCCCCUGACAAAAGAGAAGCCUAAGCGGAAUGGGGGCCGGGGCCUGGAGGACGUGCGGCCCAGCGUGGAGAGUCUCUUGGAUGAACUGGAGAGCUCUGUGCCCAGCCCCGUCCCCGCCAUCACCGUUAACCAGGGCGAGAUGGGCAGCCCUCAGCGUGUCUCCAGCCAGCAGCAGACGCGCAUCUCGGCCUCCUCUGCCACCAGGGAGCUGGACGAGCUGAUGGCUUCACUGUCGGAUUUUAAGACCAGCUCCUGCACCGUGGCCCUGGGCUCCCCGGGGCUGCUGCCCAGCUCUGCUGCGUCCUCACGCCACUCACUCUCUCCUUCUCCUCCUCCCCCUCCUCCCAUGCCGUCUGUAUUCCUGCCGUCCACCACUAAGCCUUCCCCUCGAAGCCAAGGCCACACUCUGAAGGCCACCUGUACCAAGCGGAUGGGACAUGGCCUUCCACCUCCUGUGGCCCCCAGCUGGCUUGAUUUGGCUGGUCUUGGGGAGAUGCCUGACACCUGCAAUUCAGGGUCUCCCUCUGUGGAGGGUUCUCUGGGGCCACGUGGUGCAGAGAGCCAGGGUCGCGAUUGCAGGCACCUGCUGAACCUCACAAGUGAGCUCUCUGGGGCGCCUCCCUGCCACACUCUACCCUGCGCUGGGAGCACAAGUCCUCAGGAGCCUGGAGAUCCCCAAGGGCCACCAGCCAAUCCUUUGUGCCCAGAGGAGGCCGUGACUGCCACAUGGGAGCAGCCAUGGCCUUUGGAGGCGUUCAGGCCUGACACUCCGUGUGGAGCUGCUUGCAGCUUCCGAGAAGUCACUGAGCCAGUGGUCGUGGCUGUGGACCGUCAGGCCAUCUUGCCAGAUACCUGGAGUGUCACGGAGGAACGUGGCCAGUGGAAGGAGAGGGCAAGGCCAGAGGCAGGGAGGCUGGGAAGCAGCAGCCCUGUUCCAGUUAACAUGAAGCACUUGGGUGGAGAGAUGUCUAAUAGGGGAAGGCUGACCAGGUCAACCCAGGGACCUGAGACCCCAGGGAGCCCAGAGGGCACCACUGAAGCUGCUACCAAGGCCAGGAAAGAACGGCCGGAGCCUCCCCAUGCCAUGGUCACGGGCACACCCAACGCCACAGAGAGGAUUUCCACCUCCGGCCAGAUCCGCUCCGAGAUCAGGAGCCAGGAGCCGGGCUGUGCACACCCCAGGUCCCGGGAGCCCUCCCCUCGCCGCCGGCUGGACCCCGCCACCCUGAGCAGGACCCCGUCCCAGGAGCGGCUCAUCGCAGAGCUGCAGGGUCGGCUGGGCAUCCAGCUGGAGGCAGAGGAGGAGGUGGCGGCAGGGACCUGUGCCCAGGACUGGCUGACCGAGGGCGUCGUCAUCACUGUGCAGCCAUGCAGGAAGCAGGCCGGGGGGCAGCUUAUAGAGAAGGUUGUCUUCCCUCCUGGCUCUCCCAUUCCCCUGAGAAGAACCAUCUCUGUCCUGGCUUCUCCUCCUUCUGUCCCUUCACUCCAGCAUCGCAAAGACGCCUCGGCCAGCAGCUCUUCUCCCCUGCCCAGCCUGCCCGCCCCCUCGCCCCCGGGGCCCUCAGCUUGUGCCCGUGGUUCUCCUGGGGUCCCGAGUGUGGGGGAAGAGCCCUGUGACGAGGCAGCGCGGGGCCCUGCCCCUCCCACUCCUGCACCCCACACCAUGAGGUCCGUGGGCUGCCAGACCGACGAGGACCCGCUCCUCCCCCCAGUGCAGGGCCUGGAACAGAGAGCGGAAGGGGAGCUGUGCCUGGCGGAUGGCGGGCAGAGUGGUCCCGGAGGGCAGGACGAGGGAGGGUUCAUGGCCCAGGGGAAGACAGGGAGCAGCUCACCACCUGGGGAGCCCCCAAAGCCCGGGAGCCAGCUAGACAGCAUGCUGGGGAGCUUGCAGUCCGACCUGAACAAGCUGGGCGUCGCCACGGUCGCCAAAGGGGUCUGCGGGGCCUGCAAGAAGCCCAUCGCCGGACAGGUCGUGACUGCCAUGGGGAAGACGUGGCACCCGGAGCACUUCGUCUGCACGCACUGCCAGGAGGAGAUCGGAUCCCGGAACUUCUUCGAGCGGGAUGGACAGCCCUACUGUGAAAAGGACUAUCACAACCUCUUCUCCCCGCGCUGCUACUACUGCAACGGCCCCAUCCUGGAUAAAGUGGUGACGGCUCUUGACCGGACGUGGCACCCUGAGCACUUCUUCUGUGCCCAGUGUGGAGCCUUCUUCGGUCCCGAAGGGUUCCACGAGAAGGACGGCAAGGCCUACUGCCGCAAGGAUUACUUUGACAUGUUCGCGCCCAAGUGUGGCGGCUGUGCCCGGGCCAUCCUGGAGAACUACAUCUCGGCCCUCAACACGCUUUGGCACCCCGAGUGCUUUGUGUGCCGGGAGUGCUUCACGCCAUUCGUCAACGGCAGCUUCUUCGAGCACGAUGGGCAGCCCUACUGUGAGGUGCACUACCACGAGCGGCGUGGCUCGCUGUGCUCCGGCUGCCAGAAGCCCAUUCACGGGCCGCUGCAUCACCGCCAUGGCCAAGAAGUUCCACCGGAGCACUUUGUCUGUGCCUUCUGCCUCAAGCAGCUCAACAAGGGCACCUUCAAGGAGCAGAACGACAAGCCUUACUGUCAGAACUGCUUCCUCAAGCUCUUCUGCUAGGCGCCCACGCCCUUCCUCGGCCCCCGUCCCCAGCCAGUGUCCCGACUGCUACUGUGACCCAGAGACCUCGCCCGGGGUGAAGGGGCAAACCCGACUGAAACUGGAACCCUCGUUCCUCAGCUGG